AAAACAAUCCGCAUCCCCCGUGCUGCCGCAAUCUCCACAAACGGGCGAACUGAAGCCUAACCUCGUCCUUUUCUAACACAAUUUGACAAGAUAACACAAUGGUUUCUCCAGUAACGGUGGUCAAGAGCGAAGGCCCGAAGCUAGUACCGUUCUUCAAAGCGACGUGUGUGUACUUCGUGUUAUGGCUGCCCACCUCCGCUCCUUCCUGGUUUAGUGCGCUCAUCAAAUGCCUGCCCAUCUUCUGUCUGUGGGUGUUCCUGCUGGCCCAUGGAUUCAGCUUCCUGGUUGAACACGCCAGCGCCCGGAAGAUACUCGCCGGCCUUAUAUUUUCAGCUCUCGGAGACGCCUUUCUCAUCUGGCAGGAACAGGGAUACUUUGUCCACGGUCUCCUAAUGUUCGCCAUCACCCACAUCCUGUACUCUUCCGCCUUUGGGAUGAAGCCCAUAAACGUGCGUGCCGGGCUGGUCAUCACUCUCGUUUCUGGCCUGUGCUAUAGUCUGCUGUACCCUUACCUCUCCGGCCCGUUCACGUACCUGGUCGCCGUCUACAUCGCCCUGAUUGCGUUCAUGGCGUGGAGGGCGAUCGCCGGGUUGCAACUCGCCAACGACCUGUGGACCUGGACCAAGCUGUCAGCCUGCCUGGGAGCCGUCCUCUUCAUGGUUUCCGAUCUCACCAUCGCCGUCAACAAGUUCUGCUUCCCCGUGCCCCAUUCCCGCGCUAUCAUCAUGGCUACCUACUACGCCGCGCAAAUGCUCAUCGCGCUGUCCGCCGUGGAGUGCCAGGAUGCGGAAGUGGCGAGGAAGAGAUUGUGAACGGUGGUCUCUGUGAGCGGGGCGGGAGGAACUGCCCCGGGUUACGAGGAUGGACACGUCUCGCGGACAGAUCCCCACCCCUUAACCUUCGUCGCAGUGUGGCGCUCCCACUCCAAAGUCGUUCCCGUGACAACCGCUCCGCUCACGCCUUCUCAUGGCCUUUAUCCCCCUGCGGCAGUGUGGUAGUUUGCACCAGUCUUACACCUACUGCUACGAGGACAGGGUAGUAUUAUCGUCCCCGCUGUCAGAUCCAAUCACACAUUUUUAGAAAAACCUCGUUACCAUAGACACUGGUGAAACGAUAGCGACCAGAAUGUGAAUCGUUGUGUUGUAAUUUCCUUUGAGCACGCCACUGGGGACCGAAGCAGUGUGCGUGUGCGUGUUUGUGUGCUAGAGUUUAACUGUAUUUGAGAUUUACCUUGUAUUUCCAUCAAACCCCGUGGUCCAAUAACGUUACUUCAUGGUAUAAUAAUCUAUUUUCGCAGCCUUCUAAAGGGAGUGACUCGCCCCCGAUUUAGGGUGCUAUUUUUUUCAAAUCAGGUGAUAUCAAAAAGGUCUCUUUCGUUUCACUUAGAACAACUUAAGUACUUUGUUUACUUUGUUCUAACAGUACACGCUUAGUCUUUAACGUGCCCCCGAUGGCCCGAGUGUCAGUGUGAAUGAAAGAAGGAUGCAAACGCCUGGGGAAAAGACUGUCAGAACUGUUUAUUAUCCAGUAGAAAGAUGUUGUUGUUGCAGUUACCAAAUGUAAGACAGACUUUUAGGUUUUCUGUUCGUUCUGUGACGUUGAUGAAGACAGAGGAUUGGUGGUUUUAGUAAGAAGAGACUAUGAGGUUCUUGAGUCGAGUUGACAAUCACUCGAGACAGCUGCGGAGCAAAGGUCAUGUUACGAGACAGUGUUCCUCCGGUCUGUGAGGAUCGGUGCUAUUACGGCCAUUAAGAAACAGGAAUAUUUCAGUCCAUGCUUCGCCUCAGAUGAAAAAUACUUCUACACGAGGUACUGUCUCUGCAUGACGACCUUCCACUGGAAAGUUGAUGCUCACCUUUUUAUUCUUCCAAUAGUUUCUGUGCACAGUAGCGCGCCGGCGAGCUCACUGCGUCUCAAAGCUAACUGUCACUUUUAUUAAAAUCGGAAAACAAAGUAAAAAACCUAUUGGAUUUUAAUAUAAAAGACUACCCAAUUAUUGUUAUAUGUGGAAUAUUUAACCUCCUAGGACACAUUUUGGGUUGUCUAGGCCACAAUGCAAUUUUUUUUAGAAGAAGAACAAGAACAGCAACAAGAAAAACAAUGCAAAGUCUAAUAUUUAUUUUGUAAAGGCACUUGUCUUCCUGCUCCUGUCAGCAGCUCUUCACAUGAGACACAUUGAUCCAAGAGGCACAGUUGUUUCUCAUUUUGUUUUUACACUCAAUGUUGCUGUGUUCAGGCACUUAAUAGUUUUUGCAAAUCAUUAUUCAAAUGUUUUUAUCAAAAUGAUUAAAACGUAGAACGAAUGUCCUCAUAUGUGGACAUCGUAUGAUCCAAUCUGCCCAAAUAACAAGCAGAAAUUAAUAAAGCAGCUAAUCAAGAGCUCUGGUCCUAGGAGGCUAAGUUUUUGUUGCUUUUUUUAAAAUUGUAUGGCUCAAAAUUACCAUUAGCGUUAGCAUUGUGUGCAAACAUUUCUCUCAUUUCAUUUGUGUCGGUUUUAACAUACUAGUGACAUCCACCCACAGCUCCUGAUCUUUAAACAUUUAUUACUUUUAGCGUGCAUCGACAAAAGCUUCAUGGAGUUAAAACUUGGACAGGAAGUAGCGACGCUAACAGUGAGGUCGCCGGGCGUUGCUGUGCACAGAUCCUACUCUACGACAGAUAACAGUUUGGAUAUUUUUUUGUCCAACCUGAAAUUCACAGUGUCUUAUUCAACCCCUAAACCAUAUACUGUGUAAAUCGUUCACAAUCGUUUGAGUAGGCUGUUCUUGUUUAUCUAUAUUUGUGACAAAACUCAACUGCUAAAUAGAGGAGUCACACUACUUAUGUAUUCUCACAAUGCUCUUACGUAAACAUAUACUUACUGUAACCGUACAACCUUAGCCCAGUCUGAACUUAGUAUUAUAGAAGUACUAGUGACUGGCAACGUUAAAGAGGAACAAUUAUGUAACUUAAAGGUCCUAUAUUACACAAAAUGGAUUCUAGUAAGAUUUUAGGCAUGUUAGAAUGUUGUUUCCUCCUCAAAAACACACCUAAAGUUGUGUUUUGUUUCAUUCACGCACGUUUAUUAUUAAUCUGUCUACAUCCCCGAAGCUCAAAACGCUCUGUUCCACCUUGUGAUGUCAUGAAGUGGUAGUUUUCAAGCUAACAGCCACCACGUUUAACCAUUCCAAGGCUGCAAUGACCCAAAUAAAUCUAGUGAAGGUGUGUGGAGUUUAAAAACACAGCGGAGCACUUCCUGCAUGACAUCACAAGGUGGAACAGAGUGUUUUCCGAUUGCGAAACGAUGCGUAAACGAAAGAAAACACAACCCCGGAUAUGUUUGUGAUGAGGAAACAACAUUAUAACAUCGGAAAAUAACGCAAUAUGGGUCUUUUAAGCGUUUUGCACAAUAAUGCUCUCAUAAAACUGUACAUAGUAAGAGAUAUAUUUGUUUAAAGAGGGCAAAAAAAUACCACUAUAUGAUAUUAAUAGAUUUAUUAUUAGUUAUUGUUGUAGUUUUAAGUAUUAUGUUAUUAUUGUGAAUCUCUCUCUCCAAAAAAAAAAUGAAAUGGAAAAUGGAAACGGACCCUUAUUAUGGGUCACGUAUACGCACAAAAAGAGUAUAUGCUGUGUUUUUGUAUUUUUCGUCCGCCUCUAUGCCAGAUCUGCCGGCAGACCAUGGUGUUGACACUAAUAAAGAUUUCAAAUAACCAAAACAAACAGCACUGUAAGGCUGACCCAGAAAAACUCUCAGACCAGCGUCGCCUGCGCCCUCCGCGAGUUCACGUUCACAGUUUCUCUGGCGUGUCAGAAUGCUUGUCAGCGCAAUACUUCUGCUUUGUCAGCCACGAGUUUUAUCGCCGCGAAGACUCUUUUAAUUAGUCCUUCCACCGCUGUGCCGACGUUUCACAGUCCCGACAACCCUCCGCUUCUCGUUUCAGUCAGAUUUACAGUACGUUCGGUCAAAGAUUAACCGAUUACUGUCAAAAGGUUGGUUUCUAAACGUGUAAAUUUUAAAAUACAGGGAACAACAACCAGCCGAUACUCCCACAGUCUUUUACGUUCACACUAAUGAGGAAGUUUUUGGGUUUUUUUUGGUUUGUUUUUGCACAACUGUAAGAUUUUAGAUGUGGAAAGUACCUUGUUUGGCUCAUUAUAGCUACGGACGGACUUCAAAAUUGUUUCAUUGAGUUUUAAAAUAUAUUGUACAUUUACAUUUACUCGGAUUAUUCUGCAUUAGAAUUACCGUUUCCGUGGCAUAAAUCAGCUUCAAUAUUAUCAUGAGUGGCCGUUACAAUCCUACACACAUUACAUAUUUAAAAUAACUUUGAAGUACAGUGGUCACGUUCUAAAACUAACCCACGAAGUAGCUUUAUUUUUUAGUUAUUCUAUAUGUUUUUGGCUGUAAAACCCCUCACCACACACUUUAUACACUUUUCUCACACAGGCGUUAACAUUUUCUCACAUUUCUCUCUUGUUUAAACUCUCUCAAAGUUCAAACCUUCGUAGAUUUUAAAGUAUUACAGCAUGAAACCGAAGAUCAAGGCAUGUUUCAGGCCUAAAAAACUUUAAAAAUCCAUGAAAACAGCAAGGUGAUCCGCGUUAUAGUGAGGGACAACUGUUUUAAAGCGAUACAAUGACAAUUUCCAAACUGAAUUACCGUAUUUUCCAGACUAUGAAUUGCACUUUUUUUUUUUCUUUUCAAGGCCGACUUAUACUCACCAACAACAAUAUAAGUGUAUAAUUUGUCAUCUUUGUUAUGGCCACACUGACAACCUGUCAUUUUUUAAACGACUUACAGUCCGGAAAAUACGGCACUCCUCUGCUCUUAAGCUAAUCUCCCUGCCCCUUCCCUCCCUUCUGGACUCCAAUCAGUCUCUCUUUUGUAUCUGCGGCUCUCUCGUAGGUAACUCUGCCUGUCCACUUAUUCGUGAGCUGUUUUUGCCAGGCGUUACUGUAGCUGGAUUUAGGUGAGGUGGUGAAAUGUGACACAAGGAAACAGUCCCCGCUCUCCCCCCUCAGCCCCUCCGCAGAUGGGAGGCAGGUGGGGGCAUCACUUUACCUCGGCCUGUCAGCGACUCUGUUGUUUGAAGCCUUUAUGUGCGCGGACAAAAGCGCACUGGGAGCUGUUUGGCAGGCUGGAAUAGUCAUCUAGAAGCUCCGGCGCAUGUUGGGAAUGGUUCGAUAUGGAUGUUUUUGGGUUUUAUAUUCAUAUCCGAUCUUUGUUUUGCUGCUUUGGUCAAUAAACUAUAUUUGCUGACGCUGAUAUUAUGAUUUUGAAUGCAUAGCAAGCCCAAGAGUUUUGUUUUUUUGAGUUGUUGAUUAGUGUUAUUCACAAAUUAACUUUUCAUUCCUGGGAAAAUAAAAACAAAACAGUUCUUGGCAUUAUGUUCCAGCUCUCUUCCUGUUCUUGUUCAAUCCCUCAGUCGUCCAGGUACGAUCGACAGCAAAAGAAAUCGGUCAAAAGUUUUAGCGUGAAGACGUUUUGCCGUUCAUCCAAGCCACUUCUUCACUUCAGUUUUAGUCAGAUUGCUGAAGGAAUCCAUCCGAACGUUCCUCUCUUUGCUGCGGAUCAACCUGGACGACUGAGCGAUUACACAGACGAUAACAAAACACAUUUAUUCGGGGUCUCUCGGCUGGUCUGAGAACGCCUUGGGGUCCCAACAGAGGAGCUAGAGGACGUGUCUGGGGUGAGGGAAGUCUCCGAGGCUGUGCUUAGACUGCUGGACCCGCGGCCCAGCCCCGGAUAAGUGGAAGAAAAUGGUGGAAAAUAGAUUUAUUUGAGGUUUAAAAUGAUUUGUCCAAUGCUAGUUUGAACGUUCAGCCAUAUUUAUCGCCUUAUUUCUGCAAUUUUGUUUUUCAAAAAAGAACAAUCCAGGAAUGACACAUGGACGCACAGAGAUUGCCGCAGCUUCGGAGAAAAUAUAGCUGCAAAAUAUCGUCUAAAAAUGCAAUAUAUCAGCCCGAACACGCCCAAAUAUCUAGAAAAACCUUCAAAUUAGUUACGCCAAUCCGUGGUCAGAAUUGUCGAUGAUGGAACCAUUUCAAGCUACGUCUGCACUUUUGUUUUCAGUUGUUUGUGCGAUAGUAAAAUUCAAACUAUUGCUGAUAAUGCGUCGAGGCCACGGCAGAGAUUGUCCCUCAAACCCGGCUUAACAGAAGUAUGUCGGACAAAGCCGUGGUCGCUUUGUAAGAGGAAACCGAACCUACUGUGUUGUGCACUUGUACGCUCCUUAUACGCAGAGACCAGUCCAUCUCUGUUACACUUGCACGUUUUCUGUGUUGUAUCCAUCGGAGUGCAGUAUACGCCGACUUCGUUUGACUUAAAUCGUUGCGUUAUUUGGCUCUGAGAGAGAACUUUCACUGAACCAAGAUGAUUUCUUUAAUGGCAUUACCUUAUAUUGAAGUGUAUUGAACUUUUAUAGUAUUACGUUGACGCGCAGUAGUCCCAUUUCCAGAUCAGUUGUUAAAAUUCAAAUAUUCAACAAAUCGUUUGGAACAUUUUGUACUU